CACUUUGUACUGGUCUGCAGCUUCAGACACUGAAAUAAUCAUUCCAUUUGUGUCAGAGUUGGUCUGUGCCAGUUGAAGGCAGGAUAACAACUCAUCCUGUUUGUUUGGGCUUUUGAGGAUUUAUAAGAUGCAAAAUAUUAUGUGCUUCAAGAACAGCAGUGAUGUCAGCCAGAUUUCUCUUGGUCAGCCUACCCAGGCCAAACUGGCUCCCUGGUGGAUCGGAUCUCAACCACUCUAUGGAGAACCCUUCAGUAAAUUCAAGAAUUUGUCUGGGGAACAUACCAGUGUGGAUGGCUCAUUAACAGGUGCUUCUGGGCAAGUGCACCAUGCUGUUGAUCGCAAGAUGGGUUCAUGCCAGCCAAUAGAAGAGAAAGGGAAUGGAUGCGGUGAUCCUCCCAAGUUCCUGAUUAUUCCUGACAAGGAUUCAGAAAAGCCUCAGAGAACUCAGCAGCAUUCUACUAUCAUCUCUCUACAAUCCCCAUCUGACUUUCACGGUCGUUUUGAGCUAGGACUUGGUCAAUCAGUGGCUUGCUCAAAUUAUCCGUACAUGGAUCAAUGCUAUGGCCUCUUUACAACUCAUGGAGCUCAAGCAAUGCAUGGACGGAUGCUUCUGCCACUGAAUAUGACAGCUGAAACACCCAUAUACGUUAAUGCUAAACAAUUCCAUGGAAUCAUUAGGCGGAGGAAAGCUCGUGCUAAAGCAGAGAUGAAGAACAAACUGGUCAAAAUCAGGAAGCCAUAUCUCCACGAGUCACGCCAUCUACAUGCAAUGCGGCGUCCAAGAGGAUGUGGUGGCCGUUUCCUGAACACCAAAAAGGAUGCGGAUGUUCAAAAUGUUAAAAGUGAUAACCACAACAAUGGCAAGCAUUUAACUCGGCCUGCAAUCACAUCUCCGAGCUCUGAAAUUCUUCAGUCUGAUAGCGGAAACCUUAACUCAGCUAGCUGCGGCUCAUGUAUAUCCCGAUCAGAGGUGACCAGCAUGUAUUCGCAGGGAAAAAAUGAUCACUUCCAUGUGAUUGAGCAUCUCCGUCCAUCCCUUUACCUCCCUCUAGCAAACAUGAUUGUCGGAGACCGCAGCUCAGUCAUCCUUUCCAAGUGGGGAACAUCAGCUGAUGGCUGCUGCGACCUCCUGAAGGUCUGAGGCACCAAACUUGCUGCAGCCAGAUGGAAGAGCUAGCUGCAAUAGCAGUGAUGCUGCUUUAUGCGGCUUGUUCUUGUUGGGGGAUAGUCCCUGCUGCUGUCUGGUUAUUCUGAUAGGCAAUUCAUUCUUGGCUUUUAUCUGCAUUGAGGUAUAUUUCUUUCUUAUCACUGAUAUUGAAGAAAAUCCUCACUGCUCUGUAUAAUGACUUACUAUAUAGCAGUAGUAGACUUUGGCUCUUUUGCUUCCAUUAGUAGUAAUCUGUGUGAAAGAAUAAGAGGUCCAACUGUUAGGGCUGUCUGUGUCUCUGAGUGGUACUCAUAGCAGCUAUGGUGCUGCUCACUUUGUGCUUGUUUGUGUUAGGAUUUAUUACUGUUUGUUUGAAACUGCAAUCUUUGCUUCUAGUAUUGCAUUGUUAAGCAUCUCUUUGAGA